CAAAAAAAAAAAAAACAACAUCGUUCAAAUUUCCUGCGUUCUUGUGUAAUGAUCAGCCUAUCUGUGUGCGGGGAAGUCCAGCAUUCAGUAUAAAGAGUUAUAAAAAUAAUAAAAAUAAUGUCGGUGUGAUGUCAUUAUGUUUGGCUGUAGUUCUACCAAGCAUAGGCUACACUUUAAUUUUUAAUAAUUUUUUUGCAUACAGAUGACCCCCUGUAUUUCACUCAGAAUUUGGCAUCGUCGAGAGGCUGUGUGGUCUGCUGUGGUGGACUUUACGGCAAGGCUAAAAUUCUCGUGGAAUUAAACCGUAUGCUAAAUAAUAAUAUAACUUAAUUCACUUCUUCACAGUCUAUACUAUUUAAACGGUCAACACCUGAUUUUAAACGAAUAAGCCACGCAUAUUUCUGUAAAAAUUUGGUUACUUGCCGAAGAAUAGAACUGCUGUACAGCAUAUAGCCUAUUUAUCUCCCUCUUUCUGAAUAGGCGUAUCACUUAUAGGUAAUUAAACGCUUCGCAAAUUUACAGCUAAGUUGACAAAAACAGAAGCCAGUAAAUGCCAUCAAGACAGAAAUACGAAGCUUAACCUACCUCGAUUUAAUGGCCCCCUUACCGGUGGAUGUUUUGCUUGUGUGAGCUGACCAAGUUUGCUAAUGAAGUUGGUUUCAAGAUCACUUCCUCGCAUCUGUGUGGUUUUCAGGGACACCUCAUUAAUACCGCGCGCUCUCGGGCGCAUAUUCUAGCGGACAACAUCCGUGAACUGUUUGUCUGACCAUAGUCGAGUCACAACUGCAGACUAACAUGAGAACCUUUUUUAUUUUUAGGCUACAAGUCUGGCUACUGCCAUAUGUCAGCAUUUUUUUUUAGUAUUCAUGGUCUUAAUGGUAAAACCAUAGGUUGGCAACAAGGGAUGUAUCUGUUUCUGGUUUUCAUGUCAACUUCUGGACUUAAUUAGCACUAACAUUUACGCCAUCUGACAUAAGAGCUACAUUUCUCGUGACUGGCAGCCGAAGACUGUUCUUUCUUAUAUGAAACGUUUUACUGAGAUCUAAUCUACGGGUGAAUCAGCUGGUUGUAUACAGUCAGUUAGCUCAUUUAGCCAGGGUAAUUGGUGGAAACAAAAACCACACACACUGGCCCUCCAGGACCGGAAUUGCAUACCCUUGGGGAAAACGCACUGUAGAUAACAUUAAGUGUAAUGCUAUAUCCUGACCGCACAGUGGCGAUAUAGGAUUUAAUUUAUAAAAUGAUAUGGUACUCUCAAAUCCUGAAAACCGUGUUCGGAUGGUAUUCAUGAUAAGGCUUCGUGUGUGCAUCUUAAUUUCUCUUGUUUAGUGUUUUAAUCGUUAGUGUUUUUAUUUUUCUCGGAUACUUUAUUAACGUGUUUUACGCACGACAUCACCUAGAGCAACUUCAAUGAAUGUUGUAAUACAUGGAGUCUCUUGGUGGCGACAUGGUUACAUCUCUUGUUUAUUUAAAAAAAAUAAUUUUACAAGCGAAAUGAGGAUGGUGAUGGGGGUGGUGGUGUUUGAAGUGGUGGUUAUGGUUGCUUUUGUUGAUGAUGUUUGGAGACAUGGAGUAAGAUGUAUCAAUUAUUACCUACUUUAGCAAUUAUUUUUCAAAUCCUUAAAUUUGUAAGUGGUUCGUGUAAUAUGUCUCCAUUGGUUUAGGAUUCUAUCAGGGUGCCUGAUAAUGAUAACAUUAUCCAAAUUUGAACACGAGUUAAAUGAAAACAUGCACAUUUAACAUAUAAAGCAGAUGGGCCAAUUUUUCUAAGCUAAAUAUUUUCGGGCAAUUGGAUGUAUUAUUCCAUGUUGACAUUCUUUGUUACUAUCGUCUCUUUCAAACUUGAGUAGUUUAUUACUGCUUAUACUGUAUGACACAUUAGUGGUAAGCUACGUGUAUCAUACUCCAGCAAAUCCAUUGUAAUUUAAGUUGAUAUUGAGUAUUAAUGCUCAAACAUUUUGCUUGCCUUAUAUAUAUUUUUCAGUUACAUCUGUCACGUGUUUACAAAGCUGCAGCUUGCAAAGGCGUUUAGUGUCAUGUUUUCAGCUCUCGUGCAAGAAAAUUAGCCCUCCGCCAAAUCAGUCAUUCACAGAGCGAGCGACUUCAUGACGUAAGAAAAUGAAGGGGGGUUGAGGGCGCCGGCGUAUAAAACCCGGCACCGAGACGAGACUUGCACCAGGAUAAAUUCCGCGAGCCAGAGCUGUACCGGCCCGUCAUGGAUAUAUUACGGAAUAUCGCACACCAGCCGAACAGCAAGAUGUCCGAACAGACGCUCAACAAAUCCUGCGAAUUUCAAAAGAAGAAAGCGGAGGAGCAUUCACAGGGACCCACGGAGACUUCGCGGAUCAUCACAGACUCCGUCACGGGGAAAUGUUACUGCCGCGGGAAAGUACUGGGAAAGGGUGGCUUUGCGAAAUGCUACGAGCUGACAGAUCUGGCCACCGGCAAGGUGUACGCCGCGAAAAUCAUUCCGCACACGCGCGUGUCUAAGCCGCACCAAAGAGAAAAGAUUGACAGGGAAAUCGAGCUACACAAAGCGCUUCACCACAAGCACAUCGUCCACUUCUACCAGCACUUCGAGGAUAAAGACAACAUAUACAUCCUGCUGGAAUACUGCAGUAGGAGGUCCUUGGCGCACAUCCUCAAGGCGCGGAAGAUUCUCACGGAGCCCGAGGUGCGGUACUACCUGCGGCAGAUCAUGUCCGGGAUGCGCUACCUUCACGAGCACAAGAUCCUGCACAGAGACCUGAAGCUUGGGAACUUCUUCGUCAGCGAGUCCAUGGAGCUGAAGGUCGGGGAUUUUGGGCUGGCGGCCAGGCUGGAGCCGGUGGGGAGCAGGCGCAAGACGAUCUGCGGGACGCCGAACUACCUCUCCCCCGAGGUCCUGAACAAGCAGGGACACUGCUGCGAGUCGGACGUCUGGGCCCUGGGCUGUGUCAUGUACACCAUGCUCCUGGGCAAGCCUCCGUUUGAGACCUGCAACCUGAAGGAGACGUACAGGUGUAUCAGAGAGGCCAGGUAUACCCUGCCCUCCACACUCUCCCUGCCAGCCCGACAGCUGAUCGCCAGCAUGCUGGCCAAGAACCCGCAGGACCGCCCCAGCCUGGAGAACAUACUAACACACGAAUUUUUCACACAGGGUUUCACUCCUGAACGCCUUCCAGCUUCCUGCUGCCACUCCACCCCAGAUUUCCACCUGUCCAGCCCCACCAAGAGCUUCUUUAAGAAGGCCGCAGCUGCCCUGUUCGGGAGCAAGAAGGAGAAGGCCAAAUACUACGAGAGUCUGAAUAAGCUGUCCAGAGAGGAGGAUGAGAUCUAUAAGCUCCGUCAGGACCUGAGCAAGGCUGCCAUUGGCCAGCAGCACUGCAGUCAGCCGUCUGAGGAAGAGAAGCCUCCGGCAGGGAAAUCCGUUGCCGUAGUGAUGGAAGAGAACAGGCAGCAGAGCCCAGAUGCGGUCCACACCAUCGUGAGAGGAAGUCUGGGCAGCUACAACACUGAGGGUCUGGAGGACAACAGGGCGGGCAGCACUGUGACCGCGCUGAUCAGCGUGAUGAAGAACUGCCUAGAGAACAUGCCCAAAGCCGACGAUUUUCCGAAUGAGAACCUUGGUCUGAACUUCCUGUGGGUGACCAAGUGGGUGGACUACUCAAACAAGUACGGCUUCGGCUACCAGCUGUCCAACCACGUCGUUGGCGUGCUCUUCAACAACGGCACGCACAUGAGCCUUCUGUCGGACAGGAAGACUGUACAUUUCUACGCAGAUUUGGGCCAGUGUUCGUUCUUCUCCACUAACGAUGUUCCGGAGCAGUUUUCCGGUCCAGUCACCAUCCUGAAGUACUUCUCCCACUACAUGGAGGAGAAUCUCAUGGAUGGUGGCGAUGUAACGAGCGUGGUGGACACCAGCGUCCCCCCGCUCUACCUGCUGCAGUGGCUCAAGUCUGACCGUGCUCUGAUGAUGCUCUUCAACGACGGAACCUUCCAGGUGAACUUCUACCAGGACCACACCAAGGUGAUCCUGAGCAGCCUGAAGCAGGAGUACCUGCUCACCUACAUUAAUGAGGAGCGAGUCUCCACCUCUUACUGGCUGAGCGCCCUGCUGGCCAAUGGCUGCCCAGACGAGCUGCGCCACCGGCUGGACUACGCCCUCAACAUGCUUCUGCAGAAGGCCGACUGAGAGGGGACGCUUUUAAGGGACGGACCGGUGCGCUGUCAACAUUUCCUACAGAAGGCUAACUAAGAAGGGGAUGCUUUAGAGGAAUGGACCAGUGUGCCCUCAACAUGCUUCUGCAGAAGGCCAACUGAGAGGGGACGCUUUCAAGGGACGGACCAGUAUGCCCUGAACACUGAACAAUUCAGACAGGAGGCUAACAGAGAGGGGGUGCUUUUUAGGGACGGACCAGUGUGCCCUGAUCAUGUUCCUGCAGAAGGCCGUCUGAGACCUGCAUUGGGACACUUCUUAAGGACGGACCUGUGCGUCCGUCCAGAUGAAAAUGCCCUCAGCGUGCUACUACAAAGAUCCAACCGAAGUGUGCAGGGGGGACUGUUUAUGCAGGUGGACCUUCACAACAGGAAAAAAAAUGUAGCAUGAGGGCGGAGUUUUUACAGUCAGAUGUAGUGUAUAGUGCCAAGGAGGGGUGGUGGGGGGGGGUGGCAGAGGAGGAGGUGAGGUCAGAUGGCGGUACGAAAAAUGUCAUCAAUCCCAGCUGGCGGAACACGAUGAUGAAGAUGACCACUGGGCUGGAACCAGACAGAGUUUCACUCUAAGCUUUUUACGCGGAACUAGAAUCCAGCCGUUUCCGAGGUGACAGCAGGGCUGGAUCCUGCGGAAGUUGUGAUGCGAGUUUCCGUGGGGGGGG